AUGACUGACUGGUUUAAUGUUGAUUCUGGAUUGAAACAAGGUUGUGUUUUAUCAUCUAUAAUGUUUAAUAUAUAUAUAAAUAAUUUGGUUGAUGACAUUAAUGCUUUGAAUAUUGGUAUUAACAUAGAUGAUGAAAAAUUAGCUAUAUUGUUAUAUGCUGAUGAUGUUAUUUUAAUGGCAGAGAAUGAAGAAGAUUUACAAAAAAUGUUGAAUGUGCUAAAUACAUGGUGUCUCAAUAAUGAGCUGACAGUUAAUAUAAAUAAAUCUAAGAUCAUGCAUUUUAGAAAUCCAGCUGUUCUUCAAACUAAAUGUAUUUUUUCUAUUGGUGGUAUAAGUAUAGAAUGUGUAAAAUGUUAUCAAUAUUUAGGCUUAUUACUUACUGAAUAUUUAGAUUAUCAGUUAAUGGCUAAGGCAGUAGCGAAGUCAGCCAGUAGAGCAUUAGGAUUAUUAAUUGUAAAGAGUAAAAUGCAUGGUGGUUUCCAGCACAAAAUUUUUUCUAAACUGUAUGAUACAAUGGUAUGGUCAGUUAUUAGUUAUGGCGCAGGUAUUUGGGGAACAAGAGACUUUUCCUGCAUAAAUGCAGUCCAAAACAGGGCCAUGAGAUUUUUCAUGGGUGUUGGCAAAUACACACCAAAUGAUGCCAUAGCUGGUGAUAUGGGCUGGAAACCUCCAUGCGUUAAACAAUGGUCAAGUGUCUUGAGACAUUGGGCUAGGUGUUCCAUAAUGGACCCACACAGGAUAAAUUUUAAAAUUUUUAAGUGGUCUAUACGAAAGUCUAUAGACAAGAACAAUAAUAUGAACAUGGAAUUACGAGGUGUUAUGCUUUGUUUUUUUCUAACCAUGAGAGGAGUAUAA